CCACUGAAAGGUGGGCUUAAUACUCCACUGCACGAGAGUGACUUCUCUGGUGUGACCCCACAGCGUCACGUUGUACAGACUCCAAAUACGGUUCUGUCUACUCCUUUCAGGACUCCUUCUAAUGGAGCUGAAGGGCUGACUCCCUGGAGUGGAACAACCCCCAAACCAGUCACUAAUGCCACCCCAGACAGAACACCACUGAGAGACAAAUUAAACAUUAAUCCAGAGGAUGGAAUGGCAGACUAUAGUGACCCCUCUUUGGUGAAGCAGAUGGAAGGAGAAUCUCGUGAACAUCUCCGUCUAGGGUUGUUGGGCCUCCCUGCACCUAAGAAUGAUUUUGAAAUUGUUCUACCAGAAAAUGCUGAGAAGGAGCUGGAAGAACAUGAAAUAGAUGACACCUACAUCAAAGAUGCUGCUGAUGUGGAUGCUCAAGGGCAGGCAAUACGAGAUGCUGAGCAUGUAAAGGAAAUGAAACGAAUGCACAAAGCUGUUCAGAAGGAUCUACCAAGACCGUCUGAAGUAAAUGAAACUAUUUUAAGACCUUUAAGUGUAGAACCACCUCUAACAGAUUUACAGAAAACCGAAGAACUGAUCAAAAAAGAAAUGAUUACGAUGCUUCAUUAUGAUCUUCUACAUCACCCCUAGGAGCCAUCUGGAAAUAAAAAGGGAAAAAAUGUUAUAUUUGCUACCAACUAUGCAGAGCACAUUACCUAUCUGGAGCAUAGCCCUUAUGGGAAGUUCUCCAAAGAAGAACUGAAAAAGGCCCAGGAUGUUCUGGUACAAGAGAUGGAAGUGGUAAAACAAGGAAUGAGUCAUGGAGAACUCUCCAGUGAAGCUUACAACCAGGUGUGGAAAGAAUGCUACAGUCAAGUCCUAUAUCUUCCUAAUCAGAGCCGCUACACAAGGGCUAAUCUUGCUAGCAAAAAGGACAGAAUUGAAUCACUUGAAAAGAGACUUGAGAUAAACAGGGGUCACAUGACAACAGAAGCCAAGAGAGCUGCAAAGAUGGAAAAGAAGUUGAAAAUUUUGCUUGGAGGUUACCAG